CCUCCGUUCCGUCACGAGACCCGAACGAAACGUCGUCCGCUUCCCCACCUUCGACACUCAACUACCAUCGAGCGACCACCGGUCCUCCAAUCGGAAGCACCAACCAUGGCGGCGGCGGCGAAGAUAGCGCCGUCCAUGCUCUCGUCGGACUUCGCCAACCUCGCCUCGGAGGCCGAGCGCAUGGUCCACCUCGGCGCCGACUGGCUCCACAUGGACGUCAUGGAUGGGCACUUCGUUCCUAAUUUAACUAUUGGAGCUCCAGUGAUUGAGAGCUUGAGGAAGCACACAAAGGCAUAUUUGGACUGCCAUCUCAUGGUCACAAAUCCUUCCGAUUAUGUAGAGGCAUUUGGAAAAGCUGGUGCCUCAGGAUUCACAUUCCAUAUAGAAGUAGCGAGGGAUAACUGGAAAGAGCUCACCCAAAGCAUUAAAGCAAAGGGCAUGCGGCCUGGUGUAUCAUUGAAGCCUGGUACUCCUGUGGAGGAUGUUUUCCCCCUGGUGGAAGCAGAAACCCCUGUAGAGUUGGUUCUCGUGAUGACGGUCGAGCCUGGCUUUGGUGGCCAGAAGUUCAUGCCGGAGAUGAUGGAUAAGGUACGUACGCUGAGGAAGAAGUACCCGUCCCUCGACAUUGAGGUGGACGGUGGCCUGGGUCCUUCCACCAUCGACGCCGCGGCGUCGGCCGGCGCCAACUGCAUCGUCGCCGGGAGCUCCGUGUUCGGCGCGGCCGACCCCGGAGAGGUCAUCUCGGCGCUGCGCAAGAGCGUGGAGGCGUCGCAGAUCAAGAGCUGAUCAUCUGUAGCUCUGCGCGCUCGGACGGACGAGUAUGUUUCUGCUGUAAACUAUAACCACAAUGCAGUCUGCACGACGCUCGGUGAGCAGUUUUGCGAUUCCGAAUAAAAUGUGCCGUUGGCUUUCACGCAGUCUGAGUCUUGUAGAGAUGGUGGUAACAGUGACAUGAAUGGCAUACUACUACUACUA